UAUUUCUCUUUCCUCUCCGAGCCAUGUUUCUCUUUCCUCUCCGGCGACUUCUUUGGCGACUGAAAGUCAUUUUUGUUCGACGGAUUCAACAUGGAUGUUGCUAGAUUUGAUUUUGGGUUCCUAUGCAACCUUCAUGGCUAGAUCAAUUAGAGCUUCUUCCCGAAACCGGUUGACAACAUCACCUCCCCUGCCUUCCCUGCCAUCUUCUUAUUCACCUUUGGCCUCAGAAGAAGCUAGUAAUGGUGAUAGCUUCUGCCAUUUCCCAUUCAAGAGCUUUCAUGGAUGUACAGACGGGGUAAAGGGUAGGGGUUAUGCCAAGGGAUCCAUCAUUCGGCAUUUACACGACAAACAUCUUUCUUCUGAAGUUAACAAGGAAUUCUGCGGAGAACUGAUUGUCAAGCAUCAACAUAUACAACGUGCAUGGGAGAAAGUUCUUAUGUGCUUACGGAUGUGGUUGUAUUGUAGGUGUAUGCACCUACAUGCCUGGUCGAUGUCGUGCAAUGGAAAGGAAGGAGUGAUUCACGGAGAUGUUGUUUCAGGUCCACUCAAUGGUGAAGACGCUGAGUAUCUCUUCCACGGACUAGCUAUAUCUUCUGAGGUUAAUGCUGUUUGUUCGGAUACUUCAAACGUUAUGGUUUGUGUUGCUUCUGAGGUGAACGAUGGAGACGUUGCAGAAGAGCCUGCCUGUCCUCUUUCUACGGAGUUGCUUAACUCUGUUUUUCAGCGACAAUUCACAACAGUAACGUGUAUUCCUCAUCAGUGUCGGUUAUCUUUUUCAAGAACUCUGAAAUUCUGUCUUGACAAAGUUAUCCUUAAUCCAGCUAACUCGAAUGCUUGGUUGCAGCUGAUAUCACUCCCUAUUUUUACAUUAGCACUCUAUAGGCCGAAAAACUCAGCCGAGGAAAAAUCUGGUAAGCGGAAGCGUCUUCAAGUUGCUGCCAUAAACCAUGUUCUAUCAAUUUGGAAAGAGCCCAAUGGCUGUCGUGUUUUGGUAGAAAAAUGCUACAGCUCCCUGUCCGUUUUGGGCCUAAGCAAAAAGAUGAGAAGAAGCAGGGUUCGGCUAACUUAACAGCUUGCCGCAAGAAAAUUAGUUGUGGCCAUUUCGCCGCAGCGAUUCAAGUACUUUCAUCUAACGGUGUGGCUCAUUGUAAUGAACAAAAUUUUUUGGAUUUACAAGAUAAACACCCAACAGCUCCCCCUCCUCUUGUCCCUUGUGAUGACAUUACUGCGGAUCCAAUUACUGUGGAUUGUCGGGCAGUCUUGGGAGCCAUCAAGAGUUUCCUAAAGGUACAUCGUGCGGUCGAGACGGCUUACGGGCACAACAUUAGUUGAUGUGAUGAGUGGGGCUGCGGCUGCUGUUGCGGAUGACUUACUCGUUUCAAUUAUAGGUGUUGUCAAUCUUUGGUUGGCUGGAAAAUGCCCUGCCGAGUUAGGCGAGUUCAUAUCUAGUGCGCCCCUAACACUGUUACUCAAUCCUGGAGGUGGUAUCAGGCCUAUUGCA